CAGGGAGAUAUGUCUGUAGAUAGUCUUUCAUGAUUUUGUUUGGAUCAUGGUUUUGCCCAAAGCCAUGAUCGUGCUUGCUGCCGGUCUCCGCAGUCACGGUCAUAAAAGCUACGAGCCGCGCGGCCCCAGAGCACCGGCGUGGGGGCUCUGCGCGGCCUGGGCGCGCCAUCACGAACGACUCGGCGCCGAGCAGCCCGCCCCCCGGGCGGCCCGUCGCGCUUCCAAGCCGAAGAAACGCCGGAAUAUGCCACCGUACAUAUGGCCACGGCCGCGCGCAGCCCACGAGGGUGGGCGCAAGGGUCCAACUCGCUGACUUCGGUUUGAGUUCCAGGAACUCGGGCUGUCGACAAUCGAAUGCCAAGAGCGCGAGUUUCGUUAACCCGGGAUGAUACAUUUGUUUCGGAUAUAUUGUUUGUCUGAAGUCGUCUAUUGUCUGCAACUGCUUAAAUUGAAACACGAGGGUAUGGCAUGAAAUAGCUGCUGUAAAAUAAAAAGUGCCCCUUUUUUGGAAGGCCUGUGCAAUUGUUUCAUGCGAGGAGGGUGGAUCCGCGGGCAACAUUGAAAAAGUUUGACCGUCAAAUUUAUGAUCUUUACUCUUUUGCUACGACCCCUCUCGUGAAUGAAUGCAAUUAUAUUAAUAAAAUCGCGAGGAGAUCUUGCUCCCGUGAUUUCCGAUCGCCUGUUAAGGCUCCAUCACUCCACCCCCCAUGACAAACCAUGAGCCAAGUUGCUACAAUGAUGAUGGAACGCGUGUCGGGGAUCAAUUGGAGUACGAGUUUCCAGAGAUGCCCGAGCGGGCAAAAUCGCUGUUAGAUAUAACUGAAACACCACUAGAUGUUCGACCCGGUGGUUAUAUAUUGUGGGGGGCACUUCUCUUCGCAUCGUUUUUUCGCCAGUGGGCAUAUACAGUUCUAUCGAGCCUUUAUGCAAUGGCACCGGCGGACUACACUAAUUUUGAAAGCGUGCGUGGAGCAACAGGCCUGUCUGCGGAUGAGUACGCGGACAUUGUGUAUGCGUACACUAUCAUUGCAGUGAGCACAAUGGGUGUCAGUGGGGCAUGUGCUAAGCUGUUUGGAGAAGGGCGCACGGCAUGUACAGGACUUCUCUUUCAAGUUGGGGGGUGCGUCUGCUGUGGGCUCGCAAGCGGCGUGCCACAGAUUGCAGUCGGCACGGUCUUCCAGGCCGCGGGGUUCGGCAUAUUUCUGACUCCAGCAUACUCCCUGGUCUUCGGCAUUGAGCGCAGCGGCACGCGCCAUUUGUAUUCAUAUCUCACUGCGUCUAUUAUUACAGUUGGUAUUGGUGUCGGCUUUCUUAUCGUUGCUGGCUGGCUAGUGGAUCGCAUCGUUUCUGCUGCCUUGUUUGGAGUUCCGACGAUUCUCGUUGUUCCUGGUCUGUCUCUCAUUUGUGGUGCGCCCUUUAAGCUGAUAGCCAUUGUAACAAACGAUGAUUUCUUUCUAGCUUUCAUGGGCGAAGCUAUAGGAAAGUCCUUUGACACAUUUAUAGAAGCACCGCUCUAUGUUUGUCUCCAGCUUGUAUCACCGCCAAAGCACCGUCCUACGGUUGUUGGCCUCUUCCUCUUCUGCUACUGGGUUGUCGCCGCGACCAUUGCAGAGAUAAUCAAUGAUGCUUUUGGCCUCAGUUUGUACCAGAUACUGCUCGUCGCUUGUGGUGCCCAGGCUGCCGGUGGCCUCGGCUAUAUUAUAGUUGGCUAUGCCGAGUACCCAGCCGCCCUCCGCGCAGCAACCGAGUACACUCAUGGGCCCGAGGGCUGUCCAGUGGCCUGCUAGUAACAGACCCCUACCGAGGGUGUAUCGCCAACCACGCAUAUGGUGAUGAAAAGUGGCACUUAUGGAGACAUCUACGCGGGGAGCACUAUAUGCUGGGCGUUCUCAUUUGCCCUCUGUUUUUCUGCUUUCCUACACUACCCUAAAAAAAUUUCCUGCACCUCUCGAUACAUCGCUUGUAGAUCCCGAUGUUCUAUCCUGAUCAUCCGAUGAGUCAUGAUGUGUCGUCUUUAGAUCCUUUUGUAGACUCACCUGGUCUUAACGCGCCUUCAUGAGCCUGUCUAGCUAGCUCAUCUGCACAUGCUUGUUGCUCUUCUGCUUUUCUGGCAGAUGCAGCGGCCCUCUUCCGCUCUUUCUUUU